GUCCGUUAUCAAAAGGUGAUGGAACAAUAAGUGAUAGCGCUUGGCUUUGAAAUUUAAGGCUACAAAAGAAAAAUUCGUCUGCGGUACUGUUCAAGUGUUCAGUUAGCCUCACAGACUCCAGCUAUUAAACUAAUAUUUCUUCUGACUUUUCGCUAUUAAAAGUUAAGUAUACUCUUUGAGUUUCAUUCAGUCAUGGCAGAUCAAGUGUAUGUCAAGUCUGGUAAAACUUUUCACUACCAGUCAAUAGCUGAUAAUUUAGUGGGGCGUGGCGCAUACGGAAGGGUUUUUGCUGGACGUUUUAAACCGAAUUUGGAUACAUCAUGGGGAAAAGGCUCUGGUGAGGUAAAACAGGCGGCUAUCAAACGAGUAGAAAUCAAUUUUAAAGAGGAAUGCAGGGAUAUUAAAAAUGACCGGGAAGUUGUUGCGCUGAAAGAGUUACGACAUCCUUGCAUCGUGCGUUUGUUCGCUGUUGAAGACGAUGACAAUUUCAGAAACUUCGUCUUUGAAAUGUGUCAAGCGACCCUUGAAGAUUUCAUCACGACAAAAUAUGACGGACUUAUGCCUGAUGAAAUAAAAGGGCUUUAUCAGAUGGCGUGUGGUUUGAAGUUCAUUCAUGAGAAAAAGAUGAUCCAUCGAGACAUCAAGCCCGAAAAUGUUCUUGUAUAUUUACCCAAAAAUGUAGGACAAAGGGCUAUGUUAAAAAUUUCCGAUUUGGGAUUUACCAAACCGCUUAACGAAGACGGGAUUCAUUACGAUUUGGCGAGUGGACUAAAAGGGACCGAAUAUUACAUGGCCCCAGAGUUACUGGCUCUCAGGAACUUGACAGGGCGUGUUCUAGAUAAGGAGUGUACAAUUGCGACUGAUGUUUUCGCCGCUGGAUGCACUUUCUUUCGAUACCUCAACGGAGGUCUGCAUCCUUUCGGUAAAGGCUUCAACAUUGAAGUUAACAUUAUGGAUGGGAAUCCAGUCAAUGCAACAAAAUAUGGCGGGGAGCCGUGGAAAACUGAUCUCAUUGCAGAAAUGGUGAAAUUAAACCCUAAAGAGCGACCAUCUUUCUCAAAAAUUGUUGAAGGAUUUGCGAAACAUGUUAAUACUACUUUAAGAAGUUGGUCUCAUUUUUCAUCGGUGUCGGGAGAAGAAUCACUUUCACCUGUUAUUAUUGUUGAACAAAACGAAAAUUACGACAAAACUGGAACGAGGAAUAUUGGUGACGUGCAAUUUGAUCGGAGGAAUAAAAUCGGUGAGGGAGGUUUUGGAACGGUCUUCGUUGGAACCUUCAAAGGCGAAAAAGUGGCAGUUAAGCGAGUAGAUCCAAUGGGCUCUCAGCUCAGAGAAAAUGAUUUAGAAAGAUCCAUAAAGUUUCAUCAACUUCUCAAUCAUCCGAACAUUGUACAGUUCAAACACUGUGAAGAAGACCGGGAUUUCAGGUACAUUGUUUUGGAGUUGUGUGCUGCUACACUUGAGGAUUUCAUUAAGGGAAAAUACGAAGGACCGAUGCCAACGGAUGAGCAAGUUCUUUUCCAGUUGGCUAAUGGACUUGAGCACAUCCAUUCCAGGAAAAUAUUACACCGAAAUAUCAAACCUGAAAUUAUUCUGAUUUCUUUAACGAAACCAGUUGAAAUGAAAUGGUCAGAUUUCGGGUUAAGCAAAUCACUAAAUGAAAAGAGAACGUUUCCAAUUAGUGGAUUUAGAGGAAACCAAAGUUGGAUGUCCCCGGAAGAGAUGAGAAUGCUUCAGUCAGAGGAGAAUGCCGACCAUACGCGACCAUGGCGUGGAUCUGUAAAAAGUGAUAUAUUUUCGGCUGGCUGCGUUUUCAUGUACUUUCUGUUACGUGGAUUGCAUCCGUUUGGGGAAUCGUUAGAAAUAUCUAUUAACAUUUUGGAAGACCGUCCCAUAUAUGAAAUUCCAGAGGAACAUUUCGCCCAUCCUUUUCUCCUUCAAAUGAUUGAAUACAAUCCUGAGAAGAGAAUUUCUCUACAGGAGGUCAUUGAUCACUUGACACCCCUUCAACCAGUAAUCCGACUGUCAUUGCUGCAAUACGACAGCAAAAAUCUGUUGUGCAGUACAGGAACCCUUUCCCUUGUUUAUCACGUUGGAACGUUUGGAGGAUCGUCACUGGCCGUCAAACGAGUUCCAUUACGUGACUGCACCACAAAAUCCUUAGAGGAACUGAAACAAUUGAAUCAUUCGAAUAUUAUUCGUUUCCUUUAUUUUGAUGAAGAUAACGAUCACAGAUAUUUUGGGAUGGAAUUGUGCGUGGCAUCUCUGGACCAACUUUUCCUUCCAGAAGACAAUCCAAAGAAAUAUAAUGGACCGAUUCCUUCUGACGAGCAAUUUGGUUUCCAGCUCAUCAGCGCAUUGGAGUACAUCCAUGGGAAAAAUCUCGUUCACGGGUCAAUCAAGCCCACCAACAUUUUGAUUUCGUCAAGUGAAGAUCCGCAAAUCAAGUUGUCAGAUUUUGGAUUGACCUCGUCAUGUCUGGACGACGGUCACACAACGAAACGUGUGAUUAGUGGAUUCCUUAGUUCACGGUAUUGGUUAGCCCCUGAAUUGCUGGAAAGUGAAUCUGGUGACAGACCAUUUACAAAAGAAAGUGACAUCUUCUCCGCUGGAAGUGUUUUCUUCUAUUUCCUGAGCAGAGGCUGCCAUUUAUUUGGGGAUACCAACGAAAUUAUCCUCAAUACUUUAAAAGGAAUUCCAAAAAAUGAUUUUGAAACGCAGACACAAAUUGACUAUUUCUCCAUAAUCCGUUGGAUGACAACAGUAGAACCCGAGCGACGAUCAACUUUGUCAGAAGUUAAUGAGCAAAUGAAACUAUUGCAGCCACCACCAGCAAUAUCUUUUGUGGAUAAACUGAAAAAAAUCGGCCAAAUUCAUUUUUCCAGAUCUCACAAGAUAGGGGAAGGUGGCCAAGCGUCGGUUUUUCUUGGUUUUUCAAAAGGUUCCGCAGUGGCUGUUAAAAGAAUAAUCAUUGAUGCGGUCGAACAGGAUAAAAAAUCGAUUGUUUAUAGAGAACGAGAUUCGUUUCAAAAGCUCAAACAUCGCAAUAUCGUAAAAUUUAUCGAUUGCGGUGAAAACAGUACUUUCAUGGUAUUAGCGGUUGAGAAAUGCCUUACCUCUUUGGAUAACUACUGCCGGAAACUAAACGUCUGUCGGAUAAUUCCUAUGCCAUCCGACCAAGAAGUUCUCCUUCAAAUGGCACAAGGUCUUCAAUACAUCCAUUCGCAAGGUCUGAUCCAUCGCGAUGUCAAACCUGCAAACAUUCUGAUUUCUUACGACAAUCCGGCUGUCAUCAAAUGGGCCGAUUUUGGACUGUCCAGAGCCGUGGUGACCGGAAGCAAAACAUUCUCCUGGAGCAAACUGCAAGGAACUGAUCGUUGGCUCGCUCCCGAAUUAAUCACAGCUUCUCAAGAAAAUAAAAUUAAAGGGAGUCAAAAAUGCGACAUAUUCGCCCUUGGGUGCGUCUUUUUCUUUUUCUUAGUUCCCGGAGUUCAUCCGUUUGGAGAGGGUGAUGUAUUUUAUACUCAUACCAAUAUUAAGGCUAAAAAUCCACUAAAUUUGAACCGUUUACCGAGGAUAAAUUUUGCGUUUUACAUCAUUAACGGGAUGAUAGAGAACGAUACAGGGCUGCGGUCGAAACUCCCUGAUGUUGUCCAGAAAUUGUCCAUCUGCACGCGGACCAUCGAAGAUGAUGCUGGAGAGGUCAGCUAAAAUUAUUUUUUAUUAACACACCUGAUUAAAUGAA